GCGAGGACGUGAAACGGCGUUGACUGAGCGAAACACACUCUCGAUACUAAUAAAUAGUCUUUCUCAAUUAAAUAAAUUGAUGGAGGAUACAAUUAGCAGUUAAAAUCGCUAUAUUUCCGAUAAAAUGCAAAGCUGUGUUUAUGCACUGCGGAUUCUUUCGCGCGUUUUCUGUCUGCUGUAGUAGGUUAGCUUAGCCAGUUAGCUGAGACGGGACACUGGGUGUGUGGUCGCCCUGAAAAAGUGACCUGUAGCUCUCAAUUAAAAAACACCAGGUUCUCCUACUAACUCCCUGACUGUUACCGCAGCACCUUAAGCAAUACGAACAUAAUCACCUUACACAACAAUUUAUAAACACCCGAGCUAGCUUCCUGGUCUACACUAGCGGCGUUGACUGACUGCGCUGGCAAUUGCAGAAGUCUCGUUGUGUCAGGUUGUUCCUGUAUUUGAGACAAGCGGAUCAUUAUCAUGAUUCCAGACAAAGUCCCAAAAGAAAACGUCUUUCACGCCGAUGAGGAGCUGAGGAAGGAGGCUCACGUUAACACCUUUGAAAAGUACAAAGAACUUUAUCUGAAGUCGAUACAGAGUCCAGAUGAGUUCUGGGGGGACAUCGCCAAGGACUUCUUCUGGAAAACCCCACACACGGGUGAGCUUCUGGAGUACAACUUUGACGUGACCAAAGGAGAAAUUUUCAUCAAAUUCAUGGAGGGAGCCUCUACCAACAUCUGUUACAACCUCCUCGACCGUAACGUCCAUGAGAAGAAGCUGGGCAACAAAGUGGCCUUCUACUGGGAAGGAAACGAGCCUGGUGAUGAACUGACUGUGACGUACAGGGAGCUGCUGCAGAGGGUCUGUCAGUUCGCCAAUGUCCUGAAGUCUCAAGGUGUAAAGAAGGGUGACCGCGUGUCCAUCUACAUGCCCAUGGUGGUAGAGCUGGUAGUGGCCAUGUUGGCCUGCGUACGCAUAGGAGCCGUUCACUCCAUAGUGUUUGCAGGCUUCUCUGCAGACUCGUUGUCAGAGAGGAUAAUGGACUCUCAGUGUUCACUACUCAUUACUGCAGAUGGCUUCUAUCGAGGAGAUAAACUGAUCAACCUGAAGGUCUUGGCUGAUGAGGCUCUGCAGAAAUGUAGAGGCAGAGGAUUUCUGUUGAACAAGUGCAUCAUGCUGAAACAUUUGUCCAAACCACCAGAGGACGUGUCUGCGGGCUCUCAGUCUCCUCCAGCCAAACGGCCUUGUCCUGAUCUAGAGCAGGAGAAACAGAGCAGAGUAAAGAAAACGCGUCCUGUGCCCAAGGUUCCGUGGAACCCUGACGUGGACUUGUGUUGGUUGACUCUGGAGAGUGCAGCAUCAGACGAGUGUGAACCAGAGUGGUGCAAGUCUGAAGAUCCGCUCUUCAUCCUCUACACUAGCGGCUCCACCGGCAAACCAAAGGGCGUGCUCCACACUGUCAGCGGUUACAUGCUUUACACUGCUACCACCUUCAAACUGGUGUUUGACUACAAGCCUGACGACGUGUACUGGUGCACAGCUGACAUUGGCUGGAUCACUGGACACUCCUACAUCACCUACGGCCCGCUCGCCAACGGCGCCACCAGCGUGCUGUUUGAGGGGGUGCCCACUUACCCAGACGUGGGCCGCAUGUGGGAUGUGGUGGACAAAUAUCAAGUGACUAAGUUCUACACUGCCCCAACUGCCAUCAGGCUGUUGAUGAAGUACGGCAGCGAGCCGGUGCAAAGGUACAAACGAGGGUCUCUGAAGAUCCUGGGGACAGUGGGGGAGCCCAUUAAUCCUGAGGCCUGGCAGUGGUACUACACCGUGGUGGGAGACGGGAGGUGUCCCAUCGUCGACACUUUCUGGCAAACAGAAACGGGUGGACACGUGUUGACUCCUCUACCUGCAGCGACUCCCAUGAAACCCGGAUCUGCUACCUUUCCAUUCUUCGGAGUGGUGCCAGCCAUUUUGAAUGAGUCAGGCGAAGAGCUGGAAGGUCCGAGUGAAGGCUAUCUGGUCUUCAAGCAACCGUGGCCUGGCGUGAUGAGAACAGUUUACGGAAAUCAGUCCAGGUUUGAAACCACCUACUUCAAGAAGUUCCCAGGAUACUAUGUUACAGGAGAUGGCUGCCGUAGAGACAAAGAUGGAUACUACUGGAUUACAGGAAGAAUAGACGACAUGCUGAACGUCUCAGGUCACCUGCUGAGCACAGCCGAGGUGGAGUCAGCUCUCGUUGAGCACCAGGCUGUCGCUGAGGCCGCGGUGGUCGGCAGACAGCAUCCAGUCAAAGGGGAGAGUCUCUACUGUUUCGUCUCUCUCACUGAGGGUGUCACGUUUGACCAUGCGCUGGAGGUUGAGCUAAAGAAACAGGUUCGUGAAAAGAUAGGUGCCAUCGCUACACCUGACUUCAUUCAAAAUGCUCCUGGACUUCCCAAAACGAGAUCUGGUAAGAUCAUGAGGCGCAUAUUGCGUAAAAUUGCCUGUGGUGAACGAGACCUAGGGGACAUCUCUACGCUAGCGGACUCCACUGUUGUUGAGCAACUCUUCCAGAACAGAUGCUGCACUGCUGUGUGAUGGCUUUCGGGAUUCCUUAAACACUGCAGAUGCUGCUGCUACUGCUCCUGCUGCACGCUUAUAGGCUCGUAACCAAAGGAGGAAAGUGUGGGGGAAGAAAGAGGACAAAGGAUGAAGACAUUUUUUGAGAAAACAACCUUUGGCUCCUGAGGCCCAGCAGGAAAACAGCUCAUCAAUUCGUUGUUCAUGAGAAGCCAAAGUGUUCUUUUCUGAAAACACUGCCCUCCUGUGGAAGAAAAUCAGUUUCAUCCUAUUAUUUUCUAUAUUUUUUAACCAACAAUUGUCAGAAAUGUGUUGAUAGUAAAAAUACUGAUUAUACGGGUCAAGAUUGGAUGAUAUAGGGAGAAUAGUGUGACCAGAGCCCCCUUGUGAUGUAUUUGUGUGGCAGCCUGAGUGGUAACCUGAGCAAAAAAAUAAUUCGAAAAAACAAUUAGUGACUUUCUACAUGUUUAUAGUUUUUUUUUUUUUUUUUUUUUUUUUAGAAAUACCUUUUGACAAGAAAUGUUUUAGUUUGUGAUGUCUCUGUAUGUGCAGAAUUAAAAAUUGUGUCAUGAAAUUAUGUCUCAGGAUGGCAAACACUCCAGAGGAUUACUCAGAUCGGUUCCUUUUAUAUUCUUCUGAAAAGAUAUAAGUAUCUACAAACAUUUUUUGCAUAUAAAUUCCUUUAUCCCAUCAAUAUCCUUUUUAUGUGUGAUAAGUAUUUCUCACCUUUAUCUGCAGGGUCUCAUAGGACUUCUUAGGUUUACGAUUAAACGUCGUAGAAAGCCCCUAUGUGAUGCUUUAACUGUUUUACCUUAAAUUUGUAAAAAUAUUUUCUCUUUGGUUAUGCUGUAUGUUUUUUGUGCCAAUUUACGUAAGAGUGCAGCUGGAUGUGUACCUAAGAUAUUAGGUAUACUUUUCUUGUCCGGCUUUAAUUUCUGUCAUUUAAUGUUUGUGUGAUGUUGUCAGUAAACCUCCAUGACUACUGCCU